UUGUCUGUCAUUGCUCUUGCCAGUGCCGGCAUUUCCUCUCUUUUCUUUUAGCAGUUUUUUUGCUUUGCUGAUUACAUCUUACUCUUUCUCUUUCUUCAACACUCAACCUCCUCCUCCUUCACAUUUGUUAUUUGCUCUCUCUUUCUUCUUCUGUUAGAAAACUCCCAAAACUGAGCGUUUUUCUUUGUGGGAAUUUGUUGUAAAUUUCAUCUUCUUCAGAUCUGUUUAGGUAUCUGAGUUAAACAAUGAGUAAAGAAGAGUUUAUGAAGAUCCAAACUUGUGUUCUCAAAGUUAACAUACACUGUGAUGGAUGCAAGCACAAAGUGAAGAAAAUCUUACAGAAGACUGAAGGAGUUUUUAAAACCACCAUUGAUUCUGAGCAAGGUAAGGUAACAGUGCUGGGAAAUGUAAACCCAGAUAUUCUCAUCAAGAAGCUUGCAAAAUCAGGGAAGCAUGCAGAGCUUUGGGGCUCUUCAAAAGCUCCUAACAACAGCAACAAUAAUAAAGGUCACCUUGCCAAUCAGUUCAAGAACAUGCAGAUGCUUGAAAAUGGCAGCAAAGGUGGAAACAACAACAACAACAACAAGGAAGGCCAGAAAGGGAACACCAACAACAGCAACAAUAACCAGCCCAAAGGAGGUCAGCCAACACCUCAACAAUUGCAGCGGCAUCUUCAACAGAUUCAACAAAUGAAAGGGUUUCAAGAUCUGAAGCUUCCUCAGUUGAAAGACAUGAAGAUGGGUCCUAAUCCCAACAACAAUCAGAAAGCUGUCAAGUUUGCCGACGAGGAAGAUUUUAGUGACGAUGAUUAUGAUGAUGAUGACUUGGAUGAUGAUUGUGAUCUUGAUGAUGAUGAUUAUGAUGAUACAGAUGAGUUGGAUGAUCUUCGUCAUCCACCUAACAAGAUGAAGCCCAUGAUGGGAAAUGCUCCUAAAGGAAUGCCCAACAAUAUGAUGAUGUUGAAUGGUAAUCAUCCUCAGCUUAUGCAUGCCCAAAAGGUAGCCCAAAAUGCCGCUGCAAACGCCGGAGGCAACGGUAAAAAAGGAGGUAACGGUGGUGGAGCUGGUGGCAGUGGUGUGCCUGUUGCUGGUGGUAACAAUGGAAACGGAGGUAAAAAAGGCGGUGCUCCUGGAGGAAAUAAUAAUGGGGGAAACCCAAAUCAAGGUGGUAAAAACGGAGGUAAAAAUGGUAGUAGUUUACCUCAGGAAGUAAACAAGAACGGCGGUGGUUACAACGGCGUUCCAAACGGUGGAAAUGGGGGCAAAAUGGGAAAUAAUGGGGCACCGAUUGGUGUUUCCCAUAGGUUCCCUCCCGCCAACGGUGGAGACAUGGGUCAUCAAAGGGCGGCUGCCAUGAACAUGGCAAUGGGACAAAUGGGCAGCUUACCCAUGAACCAAAUGGGUAACAUCCCAGCGGUUCAAGGCUUACCAGCAUCCUCCGCUAUGACCAGCGGAGGAGGUGGCGGCGGAUACUUCCAAGGGGCGGAUCCAGAUGUCAUGCCCGGAAACCCAUACCAUCAACAACAGUACAUGGCAGCAAUGAUGAACCAGCAACGUGCAAUGGCAGCAAACGAGAGGUUUCAGCAGCCCAUGAUGCAUGCUAGGCCACCACCAGAUGUCAAUUACAUGCCACCAUACCCAUACCCAUACCAAUACCAAUAUCCAUACCCGUACCCACAUCCUCAACCCGACCCGUAUACCCACUUUAAUGAUGAAAACACCUCAAGCUGCAAUGUCAUGUGAAGAUAUUUGGAUUUAAUUUAUCCAGAAAAAGGAAGCUUUGGAUUUAAGUUUGAUGCCAUAAUAUACUUGAAAAUGGUAUUUUUAUUUUCAUUUUUUUUCAA